AUGGAGGAGCUCCGAGCGAGUUACCAACAGGUGUGCGAAGAGAGGGAUGCGUUGGAAGACCUUCUACUGCAGGAGCAGCUCAAGAACCGAACGCCAGCUGACAAGCAGUUAGAGGAGGCCAAAGCACAUGCAGCAGCGCUGGAGCUUGAGCUAAGAUCAAUGGCUGCUAGAUGCGAGGAAUGGAAGCGCCGGGCAGCGCAGCGGGCAGCUGAAAUGAAUCCAGCCAUGGUGCAGGCGCUGCUGGAGGAGCGGCUGGAAGAUUUAGACGAGUCAGGGACGAUCAAGAUACAGAUGGAGGUGGCUCGCCUGCGGGACGAGCUGGCCAAAUCCGAGGUGCUUCGCUUUGAGCUCUUUCGCAGCACACAAGAGGGGGCAGCGACGAACAGCAAGUGGGAGGCGGAGGAGGAGGGGCUGAAGCAGCAGAUGGAGGAAGUGGAUGCAGGCAGGGAGAUCAACAGUAAGAGCAUUGAUGAGAUCCCAGAGAGCACCGUGUGGAGAGAAUCCAACAGCAUGGAAGAAGCAGAGGAUUUGAUGCAGGAGCUGCUGGAGAUGGGGCAGGCGUCUCUGAGCCAACAAGACGUGGAGCGACUGUCAGAAGCAGUGGAGUCUGCAGAGCACAGAGCAGUGGAGGCUGAGAGGAGGGCUGCGCAGGCAGAGAAGGAAGCUUCUGAGAAGGCGAUGCAAAUAAGGGUGCUGGAGGCGAAGCUAACAGCACUGCUGGUGAGAGAAGGCAAUGUGUCAUGCUGCUUAUUUGAGGCGUUUCAAAAGUCGUCUCGGUAUUUCCCCGAGUCGCCAAAAACUGCGUCUGUCUUCGUUUUUUUCUUCAUGUUCACCUUUUCUCCCCCAUCCUUUCCCAUGAACGUGACAACCCCUCCUCCCCUCCCUCCUUGCCUUCUCUCCCCUCCGAUUUCUCCUUUCCUUCCCUCCUUGUCUCCCUUUCCCGUGUUUCCGUUCCUCUUCCUCCUCUCUUACCUCCCAUCGCCUGUUUUCCACCUUUCCCCUCCUUCCCUGUACUUCUCACAUUGUGCCUGCUUUCACUCCUUCCUAAAUCUUCAUCCCCUUCCUCUCCUCUUCCUGCCUCUUCUCAACCCUGCCACUGCCACUUCUGCUCCCACCCAAGUCCCAACCACCACCAAUGUCUCUGCCUCUGCUGCCACGUCAUCCGUCCAUGCUCUGGCCAAUGGAAUCACGCCACGGGUCAGCAACACUGAUGACGUGGCAGGACAGGCGCGCGAUGUGUCGAGGAGGAGAGCUGACGUGGCGAGGGAGAGUGCAGGGAGAAGAGACUCUGUGCUGGUGAUUGGAAGUGAAGAUGGGGCUAGUGCUGUUGGCAAGGGGAUUGGUGGGAUCAGGGGGGUUGGGAGUGAGGUGGAGAGUAGUGCAGGGGAGAGCAAGGGGGAGAGUGCGGAGGAGAGUGGGGGGGAUAGUCUGAAGGAGCUUGCAGCAGCACAGAUUGCAGAUGUUGAGGAGAUUCGGGAGAUUGUUCAUCGUGUUCAGGGAGAAGGAGCUGAGGAAUUAAUAACAGGAAACUCGCCUAGAGAAGACUCGCUAAGAGGUUAUUCGCUAAGACGAGACGGUCAGCAGCCGAGUGGUGGACGGCGUUUACUGCAACAGGAUGGCCGGCAGGUUUUUGACGAUGGACGGCAAGCAGGCGGGUUCAGAUGGGAGGAGGUGGGCGGCGAGGCUCGUCGCGGAGUGGUGUGGUGGAUGCAUCUGUCGGACGUCCACGUCAGCGUGCACGUGCCGUCAAGAGCCAAUGAUCUCCUCGUGCACCUCGUGCCAGCUGUCCGCGUUAUAGCGCCUGCUGCGCUUAUAGUGUCUGGGGAUCUCACAGAGUCAAAGAACCGCCAGCGCACAACAACGGCCCAGAACGAGUCAGAAUGGCAUGCAUACUCCCAAGCAAUGCACGCCAUCAGCACCGCAAUCAACGCCGCCCACCCGCCUUUCCCCACCUCCCCGCCGCUCUCCCUCACCCCUCAAUCCCAACAAACCGAACAAACUCAGAAUGACCCCCCUUUUCUGGGGCGUUCCUCAUGCGUACCCUUCCCUCGGGUGCUGGAUCUGAGGGGUAAUCAUGACGCGUUCAGUGUGCCGAUUCGAGGCGGCAAGGGGGAUUUUUUUGGGCGGCAGAGUGUUAGUGCGCAGUGCGGGAGGUGGGGUGUGCAGGGGCUGGUGCUGCGGCCAUUUGAGGGAGACUCGGGGAAAGCAUCCCUAUCCCCGCCCAUCCUCCUGCUAGGAAUCGACAUUGCUCCCCGCGUGGGCAUACGAGGACCCUCCAAUUUCUUCGGCCAUCCCACCACGUCUGACCUGGAUGCACUCGAUGCCGCUCUCAGCCAAUGGGAGGCCGCCACGUCAGCUUUUCCAGCCGCCCCUGCCACGUCACCCUCAUGGAACACGUCAGCACAGGGAUUAUCCUCAGCCCCCGGCCCUGCUGUUGUGUUCUCGCACUACCCUCUCGCUUUCACCACUCACGAGCCCUCCUCCCCAUCCUCUUUCCCCUCCUCCCCAUCCUCUUUCUCCCCCUCUUCCUCCUUUCAAAGACUUUCCUCCUCCUCCUCCUCCUCCUCUGGUUUCUUCUCCCCUGCUGCAUCUCCGCGUCGCAUGCAUGAUGUACUGUUGAGGCAUGCAGCAGCAGCAGCAGCAUCAGCAGCAGCGGCAGCAGCAGCAGCAUCAUCAUCAGCAGCAGUGCAUGGUGCUGUGAACCGCAUGGUGCUUGUGAAUGGGCAUCUGCACUGGACGUUCGGGCGGCACUUGUACAGGUGGCACGCCGUGAGAGGUGGAGGCAAAAGCGAGGGGGAGGGGGAGGAUAGGAGGGGGCGGCAGCUGGGUGGAAGGGCAGGCGGGGAAAGGACAGAGAGUGGGGAAGAAAGACGCAGUGCAGAGGAGGUGGGGGGGCCUGGAAGGGAAGGAGUAGCAAGUGGUGGUGGAGCAGGAGUGGAGAGCGGUGGAGCGGGGUUGUGGGAGUGGGAGGUGGGUGACUGGCGCAGCAGCAGAGUGGUGCGCAUCAUGGCCCAUGACCCGGUGACUGGCCUGCAGUUCACCGACUUGCAACUAUUGAGUCCCACUCUCGCCCCAAACACGGGAGAGCCCGUCACACCGGACCCCAUGCUGCUGGCACAGCAGGAGAAGGGAGAGGGGGAGCAGGUGGCAGCGAGGGUGCCUUCUCUCCCCCCCCCCCCCCACCUCGCUCUUUCACCCCUGACAGGCCCCAUGCUGCUGGCACAGCAGCUUGACUCAUUGUUCGAAGGGCUGCAGCCCCAUGCUGCUGGCACAGCAGCCAGUGGUGCUGCCCACAUGUUUCCCUCGCCUGAUGCUGCUGUCUCAGCAACCAGUGGUGCUGCUCACAUGCCCCCCCAAUGCACACUUCCUGCCGUAAAGAGAACAGGAGAAGUGAGAGGGAGAGCAGGUGGCAGCGUGGGUGGCGGGGGGCCCCAUGCUGCUGGCACGGCAACCAGUGGCCCCAUGCUGCUGGCCCAACAACCAGUGGUGUUGCUCACAUGCCCGCCCAACGCUCACUUCCUGCCACAAUCACAGCCCAAGAGCGCAGGAGCAGAAGCGGGAGGGGAGCAGGGAGAGCAGGUGGCAGCGUGGGUGGCGGGGGGUGAGAUUCGAGCGCUUGUCUUUUCCCUCCCGCCCAUCCUGAACGUGUCUGCCGUUGUCUAUCUCGAGCGGGAACCGGGCGGCAUCAUGGGCGGCAUCCUGGGCGGCAUGUUUGGCAUGGGCGGCAAGGGGAGCAGCGUGCAAGGAGUGCGAGUGGAACUUAGAGGGGAGAGCGGUGCAGAGGGCAGUAGCACCGGUAGCAGCACGGGCAGUGGAAAGGAGGUUGAAAUGGAGAUAGUAGAAGAAGUGACUCUAACGAGGGAGGGUGAGGAGGAGCAGGGUCGGGAGGAAGCGGAGAAGGGAGGGAGUGAAGAGGACGGCAAUCGCCGGCCGUCUCCGCUUUUCUGGGCGGCGUGGGACGCGUCGAGAUACGCUCGCCCGCCCUUCUCUCCCUCCUCCCGCCUGUGGCUUGCCGUCCGGGUUUCAUACCACACCCCUCCUCCUCUUGCACAUGAUGCCGGUGCUGCAUCUGCUGAAGAAACACUGUUAGAUGCUGCUGCUGCUGCUGCUGCUGCUGCUGCUGCUGCUGGUGUAUCAGUGUACACAUCUCCCCCACAGCCCUUCACCGCAUUCAACCACCCUGUACCAUUCCAGCACACGUGGCUGGAGCGCACCAUUAUGGGAACUGACUGGGAGGACCUCUGGCCACAGUCAGACAACCCCCCCAUUCCACCCCCCACUUUACCUCCCACUCACCUUCUCCUCCACCCUACCACCCCCCCUCAACCUUCCCUCUACACACCAUCCUCUUCUCUCUUCUCACGCUCAUCAAAUCCCUCCCCUCCGCUCUCCUCGCCCUCCUACGUCUCUUAG